AUGUCCACGCCUCCUGCAUCUCCAGCUCCUUUGGUCCCGGCCCGUUCGUCCACCGGUGUGGUGCUCUCGCGCUCGAAAGCAGACGUCCUCAUAUGGUGGCCUCCAUCUCAUAUGAUUGCUUGUUUUGAAUCAAGCCUAGUUGGGCCUGUAACAUCGGACACCCUUCUCCGCUGGCUCAACAUGCUCGACGGUGUCAGUCGGCAUGGCACUCUGAGAGUUAGGAGGGUCUUGGUGCGGCAAUGGGCACCGUUUCAGUUUCUUGCCGAGCCAUUGGAAGCGAUCGCUCCCUCUGAUGUGCUAGAUCGUGGAGACUACGGUCUCUUCUAUGUAGAUGCCGAUAACAACCCUGCCUUUGAACCACCAACACUUCCCUUUGGCGGGCUCAAUCGGCGUCCUUCACUUGAAGGCUUGAAGAUAUUGUAUAAAAAGUGGAAUACACCCCGCGGGAUCGAAAGGCUCAAAUGCUACAGUAUACCCGAGGAAGUCAAAGAAGCAAUAUCCCGGCGCGACAAUGGGAAGUGCUUGUUCACAGGGUGUACAUCAUCGCAGGAUAGUCCUGUGGAUGUGUAUUGGAUAUUCCCUCCAGGAAUGGCGGACCGCAUUGCGACACUUCAGGGGAAGAGAGCCCACUUGCCUCUCAUGGAGAUCUUCAUGGGGAACGACAAUUUGAUCACCGUGCGCAGCGACAUCUAUAAGCUGUGGCAUAAGAACGCUUUCAGUGUCGACGUUGAUGAUGGCUGCCGAAUUCUUACCCUCACUGAAGAAGCCAAGAAAUUUGGCUUACCCGAUCGUCUCGCAUCAGUACCAAACAGCUCUGCAUCGGAACAAUUCCGCGAACAUUUCCGUUAUACUCUGUGUGUCGAGUUCCUCGGCGGGUGCAUCCCCGUGGAUGCGAUGUCAAUCAAUGACUAUUUGGUCGAUAAGGGCCUCGACGAGGAAGGGACUAUCGACGGCUCUGACCUCUCAGACGAGUUAUUCCAAAUGCUCAUAGGGGAGGGGUAUUUCGAAAAAGUGAUGAAGGGAACGUUGGGACACUAA